AUCAUGCAGGGGCGUAAGAAUGGGCUGUGGAACACGCGUCUCCCCAUAGAGUAUAAACAGCAGUUCAAUGAGGCUCCUCCCCCAGACCUGAUGGACAGAGUCCAGAGCUGGACAGAUUGUGUCAAAGUGGAGAGUGUGGUAGGAACAGAUAGGAAAAUACUGUACCCAGAGAUGAGGAGACUUUAUGCUGUGUCGCCAACCCCUGAAUCAAGUGCCAAAGAUUCUGAAAAGAAAGAAAAAUUGAGAAUAUUGCCGCCAGUCCUUCCAGCACUUGGGACAGACAUCUGUGUCUGUGUAACCCAUGUCAAGUCCUGCCAACAGUUUUUUGUCACCAGAACUGGGCCUCAAGUUGCUGCCGUGCAUGCUAAAGUCCAGGAAGUUUGUAAGGCCAGGGAGAAAGGUAAAAUAGACAAUUUAACACUUGGUGCCCACUGUUUGUGCAAAUACCAAGAUGGCAACUGGUACAGAGCUCAAGUGGCCAAGAUAGAAGAGGAAGGGGUGACAGUAUACUAUGUAGACUUUGGCAACAUGGACACCGUCCCCCUUGAAGAUCUCCGGUCACUGACCCCAGAACUGACCAGUGAGCCAGCCCAGGCUAUCAGGUGCCGUAUUAGUGGACUUGAGCCACUCAAGCCUUCCUGUGAUGAAGAAUUCUCAAAUCUAGUCUUAAAUGAAGAAGUUAAGAUGACAGUUAAAGCACAUGAAGACCACGACUGUAUAGUGGAGUUGUUCAGCAAACAUACCAGCCAGUCCGUAACAAGCUGCUUGGUGCAGAAAGGCGUCGCAAAGAGCACUGUAGUGUAUCAUGUCCCAGAUCCAGCCUUAGGGCAGUGUGUGGGAUGA